AUGGCAGAUUGCGGGGAUUUCUAUCUGUGGAAGGCGAGGCGACAACAACGGCAGGCGCAACUUGAUGUGGAGAUGCAGUUGGGACAAGGGGGGAAACAGAAGCAUGGGAUGCCGUCUAAUCUAACGAAGCCUCCUUCCCAGCCACAGCCAACGGCCGCGAAAAGGUCGUCGAAGAAUUCCGUCUAUAAUCAUGACAUUCAAAGACCUGCGCGGUAUUACUGGGAGUCUCGGUAG